GCAUGGGCGCAGCUCCCCCAAAUUCCUGUCAAAGAAAAAAAAAAGAAGGGAAAAAAAAAUCAAUAACGCUCACGCCUUCUCCUGUGCUUCGACUCUUUGUUUUGUUUUGUUUUUUUUUUCCCCAUUUCACGUUUCGUGUGUGGUGCGACUCAUCUGCAAGGCCCUCCUCCUUCUCGCUUAGAUACAUCUUGACCGUACGAGACCAUGGCUGCGCUGGCGAGAUCUCUUCGACCUCUUGUCCGGGCUGCCGCUGCUGCUGCCCCGAAGGGGAGCCGUCAAGGCCUUCGCCCCUCCCCGCAGAUCCUGACGACGCGAUGUCUGUCGAGCACCUGCAGGAGACGGCAGACGGCCGAGCCCAUUGACCUCAGCGACGUCCCGCCGACGCCGAUCACGCACAGGUCCGAAGUGGAAUCCCUCAUGGCCGAUCAGGUGUCCAAGUUUGCGCGGGAGGUCGUCGAGCCCAAGGCAAGGGAGAUGGACGAGGCGGAGAUGAUGGACCCUGCCGUCGUCGAGCAGAUGUUCGAACAAGGUCUUAUGGGCAUCGAGAUCCCGGAGGAGUACGGCGGCGCCGGCAUGAACUUCACGGCUGCCAUUGUGGCCAUUGAGGAGCUUGCCAGGGUCGAUCCAAGCGUCAGCGUCAUGUGCGACGUCCACAACACGCUGGUCAACACUGCCAUCAUGAAAUACGGCACCGAGGAGAUCAAGAGAAAGUGGCUACCUCGACUGGCGACGGACACGGUUGGCUCCUUCUGUCUGUCCGAGCCCGUGUCGGGCUCCGACGCUUUCGCGAUGGCUACCAAGGCCACCAAGACGGAAAACGGUUACGUGAUCAAUGGCGGCAAGAUGUGGAUCACCAACAGCAUGGAGGCCGGCUGCUUCAUUGUCUUUGCCAAUCUUGACCCCUCGAAGGGUUACCGAGGAAUCACCGCCUUCAUUGUGGAGAAGGGAGACAAGGGCUUUUCCAUUGCCAAAAAGGAAAAGAAGCUCGGCAUCAAGGCCAGCAGUACCUGCGUGAUCAACUUUGACGAUUUGGAGAUCCCCAAGGACCGACUCCUCGGCAAGGAGGGUGAAGGAUACAAGUAUGCCAUUGGCCUCCUCAACGAGGGUCGCAUUGGAAUCGCUGCACAAAUGACUGGCCUCGCUCUAGGCGCGUGGGAAAACGCUGCGCGAUACUGCUGGAAUGAUCGCAAGCAAUUUGGCCAGCUGAUCGGUGAAUUCCAGGGUAUGCAGCACCAGAUGGCUCAAGCGUACACGGAGAUUGCGGCAGCCAGAGCCUUGGUGUACAAUGCUUCGCGCAAGAAGGAGGCAGGCGAGGAAUUUGUCAAGGACGCCGCGAUGGCUAAGCUCUACGCCAGCCAAGUCGCUGGAAAGGUAUCCAGUCUGGCCGUCGAAUGGAUGGGUGGCAUGGGUUUCGUCAGGGAAGGUUUGGCCGAGAAGUACUUCAGAGAUAGCAAGAUUGGUGUUAUCUACGAAGGAACGAGCAACAUCCAAUUGACGACCAUCGCGAAGCUGCUGCAGAAGGAAUACACGAGGUAGAACCGGACCCAAGCAGUUGGGGGCGGCGGCUGAGCGGUUAAAUCGCAUUAGCGCAAUUCAUAAGCUUGGAUUCUCUGCCGGGCUAGUCUGUGGAGUCAAAGCGUUAUCUAUAACCUGUAUGUAAGCAUGAACUCGGAGUAUAGCCCUUUGGUGGAGACUGUAAUCCAAGCCUCCCUAAAAAAAAGUCUCUCCUUUCACAA